CAUACAUUGAUCUACAUCAUCAUCAUCGUUCUCUUCAAUCACAUCUACAGCUGUGGAACUGCCUUGGAUCUUGGAGAGCUGUCAAGACCUGAACAUCAUUAGCCUGAGCCUGCCCAACCCGUUGUUGGACUUGUAAGAAGACUGACGGAUCUUCUGGCCGCCCUGAUUGGCUUGGAACCAACCAUGAGCUCGCUCACCUCCACCAUAUCAGGAUCAAGCAACUCGCCGGAUCUGGGUGAUGCUGAGGGUUACCUUCUUCUGACCAUUCAAGAUAGCAAUGUGAAGCAGGUCAUAGAGGGUCAGGCCAUUCUCUUGGCGCGAGGGGAACUCAGGAUCGAAUGCGUCUCUGUACCAAUACCUCCAGAGGUAGGGCAUCAGACGGCCAACCCAUUCGCACCAUCACCAUCGGAUCCACCUGUCCCAACGCAUGAUUUCUGGCUUAUUCUAAAAAUUGGCGAAUCGUUCGAAAAGGUCUUGAUUCCAAAACAGCAUCUGCAGCCUCUGCCUCAGCCAGUAGAAGGCGUUCAAUACCACAUUCCUUCGGAGAAACGCAAAGACAUGUACUUGAACCUCAUGCUGCCCAAGCCAUCAUCUUCAGCGGAUCUGGAAGACCUUGAGUCGUUCGAGGUCCUUUUGAGGCAAUAUGAAUGUCUAGGAGAGAAAGCCACGGCACUUGACGGGGUAGAAGCGAAGCCGUUGGGAAGCUCGACAUUCUCUGGAAUUAACGCUUCUUCGUCCGAGCCUUUACCCGAAGCAGUCCGUGGCAAGCUGCUGCUCGUCAAUGAGGAUAAUGGAGAAAUCAUAGGAGAAAUGGAUCAGGAGAUGACAGCGGAGGAAGGAGCCAAUAUCGCCGCAACGGACAAAUCCAGACCUGUCGUACUCGAUUUCGGAGGUGAUAUACAAGGAUACUCUCAUUCGGUCAAGGUCAAGACGUUCAAAGAGGAAGAUAUGGACGAUUGGAUGCUCAGAGGUGCACACAAUCUGAGCACAAAGAUCCUUUCGUUUGGCCAGUGGUCAUCGAAGAAGAUGAAUGAAGGCUCAGAAGCUUUCAUCCGCAACACUACACCUCGAGCUGAGCCCGUCAAAUUCUCGCCGACCACCAAGAACAACAUCCGAAAGGCGCAUAAUGCGAGCGCGAAGAGCCUGGUGGUGACAAAGAAGACUAUGAAGAAGAUUGACGAUGCCAUCGGCAAGGUGAUCGACGUUGGCUUUGAGAAAGGUAUUGAUCCGGCUGUCGAGGCCAUUAAGCAACGCCGUGGGUCGAGGGAUAGUCUCACUGGCUCGCCAAUGUUGUCUGGGUCUCCAAGAUCCGGGUCACUCCUAGCUAGUCCCGUCGGCCGACGAGUCUCUCCAUCCACGUCACCGAUCACUGGUGACAAUUCGCCAGAGCCCCGCAACAGUCUUGAAAGUGGCGUUUCGGCUCUCGAACUGGACGACAAAUUAGCCUCUUCUCCACAAGCAGCAUCUCCUCCGAUCCCUCCCAAACCUAGUCAUCUUUCCCCUGGCAGGAGUGCGACCAGCCCACCGAGCAGUAUUUCGGCGAGCCCAAGUAGCAGCGGAAUCAGAAUUCCUCUGGCUCAACGUCUGGCGUCUGUCUCUGUAGAAGGGUCAGACCCCAACAGGGUGAUCGGAAGACAGAUUCCCAUCCCAGAGGACGGUGAAUUGUUCGCAAAACAGAUAACGGAGGAACCACGGUCGUUCCGAGACAGGACCACCUCCUCUUCUUCGUCGACCACAGAUAAAGCAAAGAGCCUGUUCAAGCGAUUCAUCAAUUCUGCCGAAGUUGUUUUGAGCAGCGUCGAGGCAACGACGAGCGAUCUCAUUACAAACGGCACGAACGCAGCAGCGAGUGCUGCUCAUCACAAAUACGGUCCUGAUGCUGGACAAGCUACAGCGUUGCUCGGCGGGUCUGUUCGAAAUGCCGUUGUCAUCUUUGUGGAUGCCCGAGGAGUUGGACGCAAAGCUAUCGUCACUCGUACAGCCAAAGGCGUCUUCAAGGGCGGUAUGAAAUUGGCGAAUGGAAAAGAGGUUCAUCUUCAGGGCGAAGGUGAAAAGGGAGAAGAUGGUCGAGUUGUGGAAGCGGGACAGAUUGAGGAGACGAAAGAGGGUGAUAUAGUAGUUGGUGUACCGCAGGAGGGCAACUUGAUUGAUAUCGAGGACGAAAAGGGUUUCCGAGUCGAAACGACAGCUAUACCUGCCGCAAAACAUUCUCCGCUUGCUGCUUGAAACUCAAGAUACAUGUACUGUAUCACGCUUUUGCCCUUCAUGUCACAUUGCUGAUGAAUGGUCUACACGUCGUCCAUUUGAAAGAUCCGACUACUACCGCUGCUACU